ACAGUGAGCUGUGAUCACCUCACUGCACUCCACCCUGGGCAACCAGAGUGAGAUUCUGUCUCAAAACAAAACAGAAACCAAAAACAUAGCAUGGGCGUGUGUGUUUUUCCCACCAUCUUUAAAAUGGGACCAUUACCACUGGCUUUCCUAGAGUAGAUAUGAAGAGCACAGUAGUGCAGACAGACUUGUCUUCCUGAGAGGCAGGAAGUGGUCUUCCCUCAUCUCCCAUGAGCGCCCUGGGAGAAGGGCAGGGUGCGGGGGAGACUAGCUCAGAGUAGGAGUUUAUCAUGUUUGUUGUAUGACUGGCCCCUGGCCCUGCUCCCAGGUCAGCCCCAGCACUCCCUGAUCUGGGAGAUUGUCCAGGAAAGCAGGGUUCCAGUGGCUGUAGGUAACCCCCCGGCAUCCCUGGAAGGGCCUUGGAGGAAGGGCCUGGAGGGGAGGGGUAGCAGGAGGUGUGCUCUGCCGGUGCCUUCUUGGCUUCACCCCUGAACUCCUGCCCCAGAACUGAACUGUGUCCAUUUUACAGAGGAGAAAUUGAGACCCCGCGAAUACCUGUGUAAGUCAAAGCGAGGCGGACACGCCCCGUGAUGCCUGUUUAUGGCCUCCUGCCACCCAUCGGCAUUGACAGAGCUGCUGGUAGAAGACACAGGUUCCCGGGCCCUCGGUGUUCCACCAGGGAUAUGGGAGUACACGUUCCUCAUUGGAAUUAGCCCAGCUGUGUUCUGGAGGAUUGUGUGCUUUCCACGUCCUAAGGCCACCCUGCUGCUUAGCCUGGAGAUGGAAGGCUGCAGUGGCUCUGAAGCCUGUGCCCACCCUCCAUGUGGAGAUGGGCUCAGAGAGGGCAGUUGACUUACCUGAAGACACACAACCAGGGCUGUGGGCCACCCACAUGUAGUGUUGGGGCCAGGCCCUGUCCCUACUGCCAGGGUCUUGGGGGUCCUGUUCUCAAAGCACCUCUGUGUGCACAAGUCACCCCCUUUAAACUCUGAGAAAUUCCUCUGAAGGUUCCUGUUUCACAUUUGGGGGAACUGAGACCCAGAUUGAGGUCACACAGGGACUCAGUGGCAGGUGGGGAUCGAGUCUAGGUGAGACUGGGUCCACAGCCUGCCUCUAUCACUCGGGUACCCUCUCUCCCACAGCUUCAGCCAGCAUAAAAGGGAACAUAGUUACUUGGUCCCAUAGCAGGCAAGGUCAGGGUAUAGCGGCUGUGUGGCGAAUCCCAGGAGGGAGGAUGGAAGGGCUGACCUGGGGUCCAAGGUUCUAGAUAAAAGAUUAACAAGUACGGAUUGUUCUCAGACGCCUGACUGGCCUCAUGGGCUGGGAGGAUGAGGACCCACCCGGUCAGGCCUGCCCGACUCCGUACAUAAGGCCAGGGAGGGAGGAAGCGCAGCUGCAGUAGGUGGCCGGGCAGAGGCGCAGGUGCGGCAUGUGGGCUGAGGGCCGCUCAGGCAUCCCACAGGUGUGCCCCUGAGGUACCCAUUGGCCCUCUCCACCUGCCCCUGAGCCGUGGGAGGGCCAGGCAGGGCCUCAUGUGUUUGAUUUUGUACCUUGUUUGCAUCAAAUCGGGUUUCUGUUGUUUUUCCCUCUCCUUUAACAUUUACAUGCAAAGGGAUCUAAAGGGUACCAAGUAAGAAAUGCCCCAGCGCUGGGCCAGCAGAUCAAGGGCAGCCACAACUAAGGGCUGGGGAACAGCAGGCAGGUAGGGUGGGGCUGGAGGGCAGGACAGAUCCAGGGAGGCAAGGCCUCUGCCUCCAGCUUUAGGGAAGAGACAUCCUCAAAGACAGCUGGGGUGCGGGGUCCCCUGCAGGGAUCAGGCACAGGAGGGCCAUCUGCAAGCAGCUGAGAGUUCAUGAGUAUUUGAAGCAGGGGAGGGGACAGGUGGGAUCUGCCUCUCAGGCACCAGGCGUGGGGAGGGGCUCUGGAGGUCAGUGAGGGGUGGCCCUGGGUCCCCUGGGAGUCCUGGAGUCUCUGUGUGAGCAGGACUUGGCUGUGUGGCGGUUAGAGACAAGGGUGAUCCAGCAGCUCCAUCCUCAUACCUGGGUGAGUUCUUGGAAUGCCCCUGGGAGUUGGGCGCAGGUAGAGGCUUCGUAGACCAUAGCUCCUGGCACUGUGCUGCCUGCCUGCCCCAUCCUGGCUGUGAGUUCGCUGUGAAUCUUAUGGAAAGGGCUACCCCAAGGGGACAGGAGUCCAGGCUCCUGCCCUUGGCACGGCCAUUGUGCAGCCAGGGGCCUUGGGCAGGUUUAUGGGCCUCAGUUUCCUCAUCUGGAAAAUGGAGCCAGCCCAGAGAAAGUGUUUCCUGACCUCCCAGCCUCAGGAAAGGAGUGCAGGAGACCCCCCUGGGGCCUGGAGGGUUGAAGGUCCCCUGUAUACUGCAGACUUUGGGGAUCAGGGACUAAGGGCUGAAGUUUUCCUGGGUUUCAUGGACCUUGGGGAUUGAGGCCCAGGGUCCCAGUGGGGCUCAUGUCCUGGGCUGCUCAAGCCCUGACCUAGGGAGUGAUCCUAUGCGCCAGAUCCUGUUCCAAGGUCUCCACAGGGCAGUCCUGCUCCUCUCAGACCCCAGGAGGGCAAGUCACCAGUUUUGCAGAUGGAGAAGUUGAGACUGAGCCAGACGGUACUUACCCUUCUUGUGAUGAUGUGAGAUGAUAAAAUGCCUACAUGAUGAGAUGAAGUGAGAUGAAAUACAUAGGCCUUGUGAUGGAAUGGGAAAUUCCAGAAAUAAUUUGCACCUGCGCUCAGCUGCGGCUACCCCCACAAGCCACCUUCCAAGUCCUUCGUGGCGAUGGUGCUUCCGUGGGGACCGUGCUCAUGUUCCACUGCCCCUCCAACCACCAGAUGGUGGGGUCCGGGCUCCUCACCUGCGCCUGGAAGGGGAGCAUCGCUGAGUGGUCUUCAGGGCCUCCAGUGUGCAAACUGGUGCCACCACACGAGACCUUUGGCUUCAGGGUGGCCGUGAUUGCCUCCAUCGUGAGCUGCGCCAUCAUACUGCUCAUGUCCAUGGCUUUCCUCACCUGCUGCCUCCUCAAGUGCGUGAAGAAGAGUAAGCGGCGGCGCUCCGACAGGUCAGCCCAGCUGUGGUCCCAGCUGAGAGAUGAGGACUUGGAGACAGUGCAGGCCGCAUACCUUGGCCUCAAGCACUUCAACAAACCCGUGAGCGGGUCCAGCCAGGCGCAUGACAACCACAGCUUCACCACAGACUAUGUUGAGAGCACCAGCAAGCUGGCCAGUGUGACCCGCAGCGUGGACAAGGACCCUGGGAUCCCCAGAGCUCUGAGCCUCAGUGGCUCCUCCAGCUCGCCCCAAGCCCAGGUGAUGCUGCAUGUGGCGAACCCCAGACAGCCCCUGCCUGCCUCUGGGCUGGCCAAAGGAAUGCCACAAAAGCCCACAGCAUAUGCCCUAGGGUGACCGUGCAGUGAGGCUGGCGCCCAUGCUCCACACUGGGAGGCCAGGCUCACCCCACCAGCCAGUCAGCUGCAACUCCAUGUGAACUCCACAUGCAUCCAGCUUGAGACUAAUGAGUGGAAUCAGCUUCCAGGUGUAGGGACCCCUUGGGGGGCCGAGCUGACAUCCAAGGCUGAGGACCCCAGCGGGAGUGUUCUGUUCCGACAUAUCCUGGCUGUAACGUGUUUUAUAGUUAUGGACUACUUGAAACUACUACUGAGGGUAAUUUACCAGCUGUGGCCUCCCACUAACUAGUAUUCCUUUAAAGAGACUGGGACAUGUUUUAAGCAAAUCUAGUUUUGUAUAAUAACAUAAGAAAAUAGCAAUAAACUUCUUUUCAGCAACUACA